CAAAAGCAAAUCCUGAUCUUGCUGCAACGAACCUGAAUUUCUGCAAGUAGGAAAACAGAUGCUACAGUGUGUGGUUGAUAUCGGUGACUUUUGAUUGACAGCUACAAUCUGUUUAUUAACUGUUCACUGCUUUCGCUCUCUUGCGAGCUUCAAGAUUCUGACAGACACAGAGUAACAUUAAGUAAAAGCAAAUAACGAGUAGAUCGCUCUAGUACUUACCUACACGACUUACUGUUACUUUUAUCUACUUAGGUGUAGUUUGGAUCGAAGGACAAAAUAAAAGAUGAGCAAAAGCGAGUACGAUCGAAGCGUAGGGACAUGGAGUCCAGAGGGGCGACUCUUUCAGCUAGAGUAAUAUUGACGUUUUUACAUUUAGCUUUGUAGGAGACCCUCACCACAAGCCAGACAUUGUUCUAUCUAUUGCAAUAUUGUUCAUUCUGCAAGAACUUAUUGUUUCCGCAGCUGCGUACAAUGAACUAGUAGUACAACCGUAAUCUCUUCACUAUGAAUUUCAUAAAUGCAGGUACGCCAUCGCUGCGAUCAAACUCGGAACAACUGCCAUUGGACUAGUCACUAAAGAGGGCGUUCUUUUCGUUGUCGAGAAGAAGCUUGCGAAUAGUCUCAUAGUCCCAAAAACAAUAGAAAAGGUUUUCGAGAUCGAUCACCACUUGGGAUGUGCGACGGCAGGACUCUUAGCGGAUGCUAGAAUGUUGGUGGACCACGCCAGAAACGAGGCCCAGAACCACUGGUUCACCUACAACGAACCACUAUCUGUGGAAUCGACGGUGAAUGCGGUACUUAGUUAUAUAUAAAUAUGUUCAUGUCAAAUUACAAACAUGUUAAUUAGUAGUUCAACUUGACUCCUUGUACGACUACGAAUGUUCAUGUAGUCAACUUGACUCCUUGUACUUGUUCCUAAUAGGAAUUCCUAUUCUUGCAGAUCAUGAUCUUCUCUAACUUGGUAUCCACAACCACACGGACGACACACAACCUCGAAAUCCAAGCCUCUCCUCCACCUUCCUCUUUCCCCUUCCACUCAGAUUGCCGACCUAGCACUUGACUUUGCGGAUGUGACAGAUGGGAAGAGAAAAAAGACCAUGAGUAGGCCCUUCGGAGUUGCUAUGCUGGUAGGAGGAGUUAACGAUAACAAAAAACCGGCUUUAUGGGUCACGGAUCCGAGUGGAACGUAGUCUUUUAUUUUAACGGAGAUCUAAAAAUACCUGGUUCAUCGUAGUAAGCAAACACAUGCUCAUCAAAUACCUGGUUCAUCGUAGUAAGCAAACACAUGCUCAUCAAAUUCAGGUAACUCCCCAUCGCCAUCAAAAUAGAAGAAUCUAGCCCUUAACUCCCUGCCCCUCCAAAAUCCCACCUACAGCUGUACCCAAUAUACCGCGGCAGCCAUUGGCUCAGCACAGGAAGGGGCGACGAGUUUGCUAGCCGAACAAUUCAAGUCGGAUAUGACAUUGGCAGAAGCUGAAGUCUGUGCUUUGGGAAUUCUUAGACAGGUAUUUCUAUUUUUUAUGCGUAUUUGUAAAAUCAUGAUGAAGAUGGUUUGGGAUGAAGAAUUGAAUUAUAUUUGUCACUUUUCAGAUCAUGUGAACUCAUUUUCAGAUCAUGUGAACAUUUUCAUUUUCGUCAAGAUUAACGUACUCGGCCACCCACAGAGUGCACAAAAAAACCUUCUUCAGAUGAUGGAAGAGAAGAUGACGACAGUGAAUGUCGAAGUUGCCAGCAUCCCAGUGUCAACGGGACAGUAUCACCUCUACUCCGCCACAGAAAUCGGAAACAUCAUCAACCGCCUUCCAGCCCCACUUGAAUACUAGUGAUUUUUCACCUCCACUUCAAGUUGAAUACACUUGAUGAAGCCCACACUGGAUGAAUAGUAGAUGAUGUUGAAAUUGAUGAUGUUGCAGAGGAUGUAGUCGCAGUGGAGGAUUCGUCAAGUAGCAGAGGAGAAGAUAUUGAGGAGUAAGAGCGAACACGGAACUACAAGUCAAUGGAAAAAUACAACAUCCACUACAUCUUCUUCAGCAUCAUCUUCAUAGUUAGUUGUCUACUUACCAUCUGAUUUUUGACAACUACAUUUCAGCCCCUGAAUGUAGAAGGCGUUUUUUACUGCGCUUUUCUGCUUGUAUGAAAGACCACGAUGAAACAGGAGCCUCUGCUCACGCCAACUUCCCUAAGGCGCCACACUUGUUGCCACGAUGUAUCCCAUCGCUUUCCCAUUCAUAGUCAGCAUAUGAACAAGAACCCUCGAAGACGACCAGAAAAGCAUUUCAUACCGUAUGAUUUUUUGAUAAGAUGAAAACCUUACUCAUGCUUCUCAGUCACCAGCAGCUGGUAUCAUGAUGACAUCCUACGCUGACUCUCACGUCAAAAAGAGCAGUUCUGCUCCUGUCCUUGAAAUUUCGUCCGCAGUGAGGAGAAGACGUGUUAAAGAUUUCUUGAACGCAGAGCUCCUACUGAUCAAGAGAACUACUUGUCAGGUCACUCAUUGUAGUUCUGUAGGACAAGAACUGGCAGUGCCAUCGGUUGGUAAAAGUAAAAGAGUCCUCUAAGUCUAACAAGAACUAGUACAGUGAUGUAGUCUAAGAUAAGGAUGAAAGAAGUGGUGGAGACGUGCACGACAAAAGUUCAAACAUGAAGCGAAAGUGAAGCCAGGUGAAAUCUAGUUCUAGACCUACUCGCCUUAUAAAAA